AUGUUAUCUCAAUAUUUGUUCGUUGUUCCUUUAUUGGUUGACAGCUGUAUUGCUUUCCCGUUCCUAAACGCCUUUUCGCCUAGAGCAACAGGAACCAAAUAUCUUUUUUCCUUCGGUGAUUCUUACACAAGAACACUCUUCUCGAUAUCUGGUACGAAGCCUUCUGCAGAUAAUCCGAUUGGAAAUCCUCCGUUUCCAGGCACUACAACAGAUGCGGGUCUCAAUUGGAUCGAUUAUUUGGUCACCGCAUAUAAUACCUCCUUAACACUAUCGUAUAAUUUUGCUGUUGGAGGCUCAACAGUGGAUAACAAUGUCGUUCCUUCCAUCACAAAUGGUGCUAAAUCACUCGUCGAACAAACCGCAAUCUUCACUGCUAAUCUUGCACCAAAACCUUCAUAUGCCCCAUGGACUUCGGCAAAUACACUCUUCGCUGUAUGGUUUGGUAUCAAUGAUAUCGAUCUCAGUUAUACAAAUUCUAAUGAAAAUACACUCUUCACGGAGAUCUUCGAUACCUACUGGAAGCAGCUUGACAUAAUGUAUUACUAUGGAGGUAGAAAUUUUGCAUUGUUGACAGUCCCACCCACAAACAAGGCUCCCAGAGUUCUAGCAUUGAAUAGUACUUCACAAGCGGCGUACGCUUCAAGCAUUGCAGCGUGGAAUACUCUUGUCAAAAACACGGCUACUCAGUUCCAAUCCGAAAGAUCUGGGACUACUGUCAAAGUGAUUGAUACUUCAAUUCCCUUCAACACUGCCCUAAAUAACCCAACAGCUUAUGGUUCUCCAAAUGCAGUUUGUUAUAACACAAAUGGAGUGAGCUGUUUGUGGUGGAACAGUUUUCAUCCUGGCCAGGCGGUUCAAAAGUUGGUUGCUGCAGCAUUCGCAGGAGCUUAUAAGGACACAUUCUUCUGA